AUGUAUGAUCCAUUGUAUCUUGGAAGAUGCAGACUUAAACCAUAUUUUGUAGAAGUUAAAGGGUUUAUUGCAUUCGCAUUUGCAUUUGCUCAAGAAUGUUGUCGAAGAGAAGGAGGAGUAAGAUGUUUGUGUCUUAAAUAUAGAUAUAGAUGUAUAAUUAGUUAUCUAGAAGAAGUAGAAAAUCGUUUGAAGAGGAAGAGUUUUAGGAAAGAUUAUUGGAUUUGGACUUCAAAUGAAGAAAAACUUCUGAGUAAUGUACCAGAGACUCGUAAUACACAACAGGGUUCAACCAGUCGAUCACAUAUGAAAUAUGAAGGACAAUUUAAUCUAAUCAAUGACAUGGUUGUCGAUGUUCUUGGGGGUAAAUGUGAUAUAUGA